AAUUCUUAGUUGAUUAGUUAAAUCGUUCGCGCUUUGUAGCACAAUUAGACAGGAUGCCCGUGGUGGAGGGCAGUGAUUUGGCGCUGUUGCAGCGCCGUCAGCAACAGGUGCGUAACAUUUGCAUCCUGGCGCACGUGGACCAUGGAAAAACGACUUUGGCGGACUCUUUGGUGGCCAGCAACGGCAUCAUCUCUCAGCGGAUGGCGGGCAAACUGCGCUAUCUGGACAGCCGCCAAGACGAGCAGGAGCGCGGCAUCACCAUGAAGAGCAGCAGCAUUUCCCUGCACUACAAAGACCAUGGAAAUCGAAACGAAAAUGAUUUCCUCGUCAAUCUGAUUGAUUCGCCCGGACAUGUGGACUUUUCGAGCGAGGUGUCCACUGCGGUGCGGCUCUGUGACGGGGCCAUUGUCGUGGUGGAUGUGGUCGAGGGCGUGGGCGCCCAGACACGAGCCUGUCUCAAGCAGAUCUACGAGGAGCAGCUGAAGCCGGUUCUGGUGCUCAAUAAACUGGAUCGCCUGAUACUGGAGAAGCAGAUGGAGCCUCUGGAUGCGUACUUCCACUUGACACAGGUCCUCGAGCAGGUCAACGCUGUGCUGGGCAGCAUUUUCGCCUCCGAUGUCCUCGCCAGGGAGGAUAUCACACAGAAGGACAACCAGGAGUCUGCGCUGGAGGAAGUUGACGACUCGGAGUUGUAUUUCUCGCCAAGCUCCGGCAAUGUGGUAUUCUCCUCCGCCUACGAUGGCUGGGCCUUCUCCGUGCGCGAUUUCGCGGCCAUGUACGACAAACGUUUGGAGAUGAAGCGCGAGGAACUAGAGCAGGUGCUUUGGGGAGAUUUCUACUACAAUUCGAAGAAGAAAUGCGCCAUGCCGGGGGCCCAGGAGAAGGCCAAGAAGCCGAUGUUUGUACAGUUUGUGCUGGAGAACAUCUGGAGCAUGUACGACAUCAUAGCCGUGCGGAAGGACAAGGAUAAGCUGCCGGGCAUAGCCGAGAAACUUGGCCUGAAGCUGGCCGCCCGUGAUCUGCGCCUCACCGAUCCCAAGCUGCAGAUCAAGGCCGUGCUGGGACAGUGGCUGCCCAUCGACAGCAGCGUCCUGCACAUGGUGGUGCAGCAUGUGCCACCGCCCCAUCAGAUCAGCGAGGAGCGGGCCCAAAGACUGCUCUAUCCAGCGAAUAUCCAACUAAGUUCGCUCCCACUCGAGACGCUGAAGCUCAAGGACAGCUUCACCAGCUGCGAUGCAGGCAGCGACAAUGUCAUCGCCUUUGUGUCCAAGAUGACGCCCAUCCACGUCUCCCAACUGCCCCAAAAUCGACCCAAGAGAAUGACGGACCAGGAGCUGCAGACGCGCCGGGAUGAGGUGCGUCGGCGGAUCGAGGAACGUAAGCACCAGAGCGAGCAGACUGAGCUGGAGAGGAUUACUGAGGGUGUGGAGCAGCUCAGCACCAAGCAGGAGGAUACCCCAAAAGAAGAACCUCCCCCAGGCCCAGAGCCAGCGGCAGAGGCAGAACGGAACGAAUUCGUUUUCGUUGCCUUUGCCCGCGUCUUCAGUGGAACUUUGAGGCGUGGCAUGGAGCUGUUCAAUCUCUCACCCAAGCACGAUCCCCGCCAGCCGGCACACCGCAUCGAAGGGCAGGCGCCCUAUGCCACUCGCGUGACCAUCGGGGAUCUCUACAUGUUCAUGGGCGGGGAACUGCAGCUCCUGGACGAGGUCCCGGCCGGAAACAUUGUGGGAAUCGGGGGCCUGGGAGCGCACAUCGUGAAAACGGCCACCCUGAGCAGCACCCUGGACUGCACAUCCUUCAGCGAGCUGAGCAUCAUGGCCACACCCAUACUCCGAGUGGCCAUUGAGCCCGUGCAGCCGCAGGAUAUGCCCAAGCUGGUCAAGGGCCUGAAGCUGCUGAACCAAGCGGAUGCCUGUGUCCAGGUGUCGGUGGCUCCGACGGGGGAGCAUGUGAUCACGACCCUGGGGGAGGUGCAUGUGGAGAAGUGUGUCCACGAUCUGGAGCAGAGCUACGCCAAGGUCAAGGUGAACGUGUCCAAGCCCAUAGUGUCCUUCAGGGAGACCAUUGUCCCCGCGGCCACCGUGGACAUGGUUAAUGAGGCUAUUGUGAAGACGGCGGACGACAAGGACGUGAGCAAGAAGAUUGCAGUCCAACAGACGCUCAAUAAGCUGGGAACCCUGAAGGUUAUAGCGCUGCCCCUGCCCCCAGAGGCAGUGGAAUUGCUGGAGAGGCACACGGAAUUCUUCAAAGAACUGGCUGCCACACCGAGGAAUCAGCUUCUCUCCGAGAAGUACGCUACUCUUUUGGCUUCCAUCAAACUGAAACUGGUGGCCGCUCUUCAGGAUCUGCACUUGUUCGGCCUGAGUUCACUCUCCCCCGAGGAGUUGGUCAGUCGCCUCUGGGCCCUGGGUCCCCGGAAUUGCGGCACCAAUCUGCUGCUCAACCUCACGGACUACGAGCAGCCCGAUUUCUGGUCCAGCCAAGCCAAGUCCUCCGACACGGAAAUACGCUCUCUGUCCGAUCCACGCAAGGAUUUCAAUAGCUCUCUGGUCAAUGGCUUUCAGCUGACCUCCGGGGCAGGGCCGCUGUGCGAGGAGCCCAUGCAGGGCGUCUGCUUUGCUGUCCUCGAAUGGUCCAUCCAAUCAGAGGGCGAGGAUCUAAAUGCUAGAGGACCCUUUUCGGGUCAAGUUCUGACUGCUGCGAAGGAGGUGUGUCGUCAGGCUUUCCAGAAUCAGCCACAGCGCUUGGUAACGCCCAUGUACAGCUGUACCAUUGUGGUCAAUGCGGAAAUGUUGGGGAAAAUGUACGCUGUGAUUGGCCGGAGACAUGGCAAGAUCCUGUCCGGAGACCUCACCCAGGGCAGCGGCAACUUCUCGGUCACCUGUCUGCUGCCGGUGAUCGAGUCGUUCAACUUUGCCCAAGAGAUGCGCAAGCAGACAUCUGGCCUCGCCUGUCCCCAGCUGAUGUUCAGCCACUGGGAGGUGAUUGAUAUCGAUCCCUUCUGGCUGCCCACAACCGAGGAGGAACUGAUGCACUUCGGCGAGAAAGCCGACUCCGCCAACCGGGCCAAGGUCUACAUGGACAGUGUGCGGCGUCGCAAGGGCCUCUUCGUGGACGAACAGGUGGUGGAGCAUGCCGAGAAGCAACGCACCCUCUCCAAGAACAAGUGAUUCAAGGUUUCCACAAAGCUUCUUGGGAUGACAAUGGACUGCCGGAUUUUUUAUAAGAUGCAGACAUUCAUUUGUAUAAAACUUAAUUGUAAAAGAACAUUAUGGGUUCAAAUUUAAAUAAAUAUUUUUUUGUAUAAAGAUA